GCAGCAUGCUAGAUCCUGAGGGCAGUGUGGAGCACAAGCCUUCCUUUUCCUUCCCCAAAAAAGAGCCUGAUUUUUACACUUUCAAAGUUGUAAACAUCAGGGGCAAGCUAGUCUCUCUGGAGAAAUACAGGGGCUCGGUGUCACUAGUUGUCAACGUUGCAAGUGAGUGUGGGUAUACAGAUAGCCACUACAAGGCCUUACAACAGUUACAGAGAGACCUCGGCCCAUAUCAUUUCAAUGUGCUGGCAUUCCCAUGCAAUCAGUUUGGGCAGCAAGAACCAGACACUAACAAAGAAAUUGAGAGUUUUGCGCGAAAGACUUAUGGUGCCUCCUUUCCUAUGUUCAGCAAAAUUGCAGUCAGUGGAGCCGGUGCAAUUCCUGCCUUCAAGUACUUAAUUGAUUCUACAGGAGAAGAACCAACCUGGAACUUCUGGAAAUACCUGGUGGACCCCAAUGGGAAAGUUGUAAAGGCCUGGGACUCUACUGUCUCUGUUGAAGAAAUAAGACCUUAUGUUACAGAACUUGUAAGGAAAAUCAUCCUGAAGAAGAAAGAUGAAUUAUGACUUUCAAAAAUCCCAGCACGCCAAUUACACCUUUAUUGAGAAUUAGAGCUGGAGUUUGUCUUUUCACAUUCCAAGAGAGAAUAUAUGGGGAAGGGAAAUUAUGACCAGUGGAUUCUACAUUCAUCAUCCUAAGAAUGUAGAAAACAGCAAGUUAUCAUGGUCAAAGCAGUUUAAUUUUUUUCUCCAACUGAAUUCAAUUUGACCUUUCUGGGAACGAAGAACUCAUCAGCAAUUGUUUCUUUCCCAAUUCAAAUUAUUAAUUGUUGGUGACACUACAGGAAGUCAGUUCAUGUACCUGUAGGAAGAAGGCUCAGAAUAACAAGAAUUUCCUCAUUGGGAUCUCACUGAGAUCUACAGUUCUGUUGUCAUAUUUUGAUC